UCCUCCUCCUGGGCGGAUCAUGUGGAAGAAGAGGAGGUCCCACCGCCUGGAGAUUUCAGCUCCUCGGAACUUUGAGCACAGGCUGCACACCUCCUUCGACCCCCACGGCCAGAGGUUUGUUGGCCUGCCCCAGCAAUGGCAGGGGCUGCUGGCGGAAACCCCGAAGCGACCGAGGCCUCUGGUGGAUCCAUCCAGGGUCACCCCUGUGGAGCUCACUCCGCUGAAGCCCAUUGUCCGCGGGAGCAAGUCGCCAGUCAACGGGCACAUCACAGAACUGCUGGCCGACCUGCAGAAAGUCUCCGUCUCCAGGUCCAACUCUCUACGGAGAAGCGCAGCCUGCUGCCCUCGGGGGACGCCCUGCCCGCUCAGGAGGAUCGAGGAAGACAGCGCCCAGGAGAUGCCUCAGAAGCCGCCCGGCCCCAGCUCCACGCGCCGCUGGAGCAGGAUCUUCUCCCGUGGUCACCACGGGAAAGGCCGAGGGGGUGAGAGCGGGAGCUCCGCGACGAGGGCUUCAUGCAGCCGACUGGAUGCGAAUAAGCCGACCCAGAAUCUCUCCGUCCCCUCUUUGGAGUACGAGCGGCAGAGGGCGCAUUCCAUGCAUCGUUUCGUCCCCCCACGAGCGCAGGACGCUGGUCUCCCCUCUAACGGAAUCCCCGCAGAGACCGCUCAGUCUCACCCGGACAGGAGGCCGAGACCGGGCAGGAGGAACAGUCUGGGCUGGAGGCCCAUCUCUUGCUUCUUCGGUCAGUCCAGCCCAAAGGGCACGAGGAGACACGGCACGGGCACCUUGCUAAAGCUAGGCACCACGGGUCACCCACUCAACAACCAUCUGUCCACGGGGGCCUCGCCAGACACGUCGGCAAGAGUCACCACGGCCAAACAAACUCAGGUAGACCAGAUUGAGCGGAACGGUGGGCUAAUUCCCAACGGCGCUCCGAGGUCGGGGCGGAGUGCGACGAGGAGCGUAGAGCAGAAGCAGGCUGAAGCCGACCCUGCGCCAAGGUCCGUCCCUGAGCCUCCGAGAGGGAACGUGGCCCGGUCGCUGCCCAGUCCAAGAGAGCCUGGCUCCCACAGGAACAGCUGCCCGGGCAUAGCUCAGCGUGAAACCCAAUCUCCCGGGGAAGGCCAAAGAGUUACACACGAGCAAUUCAGGAGCGCCAUGGCGAUGGUGGUCAACCAAGCUGACCCCAGGAAGCAACUGGAGACACUCGGUCAAAUUGGGGAGGGCUCCACCGGCAUUGUAUGCGUGGCCAGAGAGAAACUCACAGGCCGCACGGUGGCAGUGAAGAGGAUGGACCUGAGGACACAGCAGCGCAGGGAGCUGCUGUUCAAUGAGGUUGUGAUCAUGAGAGACUAUCACCAUGAGAAUGUGGUGGAGAUGUACAGCAGCCAUCUUGUUGGGGAUGAAUUGUGGGUGGUUAUGGAGCUGCUGCAGGGAGGAGCACUCACCGAUAUCAUCUCGCACACCAGGAUGGACGAGGAGCAGAUUGCUACUGUUUGCCUGUCAAUACUGAAGGCCCUGGCGUAUCUCCAUUCCCACGGUGUGAUCCAUCGAGACAUCAAGAGUGACUCCAUUCUGCUGACACUGGACGGACGGGUUAAGCUCUCAGACUUCGGCUUUUGUGCCCAAGUGAAUGAGGAGAUUCCAAAGCGUAGGUCUUUGGUUGGGACCCCUUACUGGAUGGCUCCGGAAGUGAUCGCCCGGUUACCAUAUGGACCAGAGGUGGAUAUCUGGUCACUGGGUAUCAUGGUGGUGGAGAUGAUCGAUGGAGAGCCCCCCUACUUCAGUGACUCUCCUUUCGAGGCCAUGAAGUUGCUGCGGGACAACCUGCCCCCCAGGCCGAAGCUGGAACACAAGGUCUCCCCGAUUCUCAGGGACUUCAUCGACCGGAUGCUUAUCCACGAUGUGACGGAGAGAGCCACGUCCAUUGGGUUGCUCGAACACCCGUUUCUGCUCCAGGCUGGCUCUCCGGAUUGCCUCAUCUCCAUGAUCCAGGGCUGCAGCCUGCGGUGAAGGUGCUGGAAGGGUUCACGGUUCCACAGGAACACGUCUCACUCCCACCUAAGAGGGUCAGUGCUCUGGGCGCAAGGUUUGUACCGAAAGAAGAGAUGGAGACUGGAUCCACACAGACGCUGACUCUCACUGGGGUACAGUCCCCCACACACACUGACUCUUGUUGGGAUAUGGCACACGCGCACACACACGCACAGAGACUCUCACUGUGGUACAGCUCACAUACACACUUUUUGUCACAAGGGUCCUGCUUGCAAACAGUGUGCUGCCAUUGUCAAUGUCUGUUCUCUUUGGUACCUCUGUGUGUUAUUGAGUUUUCCAAUAGGUGGCAGUGUAUAGCUAGAUUCCCACACCACCUCUCAGCUUAUAUCUCCUCUUCUUGACCUGAAUCAAUUGUUACAAGGACCUUCAAUACUGGAAGUUCCUAAGUAAUCCGAUGAGGGACAUGACUGUAUGAGAAGGUCCCAUAUAUAAUGCAGUGACAUGUGUUACAUGCUCCUUGCCUUCUGCAAGAACUGCUUUGUGAUACGGACACCCUUUAUUCCCAUUCUCUACAUGCCUCCCAGAGUCUCAUUCUGACAUGUGGUCUCGAAAUCAAUAGGAGGGUCUACACUCAGGGGCUACUGGUGCAAAUACUGAAUGUGUACGUCCCCUGCUUUUCUGAUACAAGCCAGUCUCGGAAUUGUGUUUCUGUUUAAGAACAUUGCUGUCCAGAGUAUCCACGCCAGUCCCAGUCUCACCCAGAGGCUUAUACACCCAACUUCCACAGUGGUCAUCGCAGAAGACUGUUCACCAACCUAACUUCAAAUUUCAUUUCUCACCAAAAAUGAAUCAUCUUAUUUAAAUAUUUAAAGAGCUGGUAGCAUUAUAUGACGUCCAAUCUGGAAAAGUGAUCUCUGGGUAUUUUGUGUGACUAUUUUGUAUUUUCCGGUUGGCUGGACUGCGGACUUUGUAAAGCUGCGUUGUUUACACCAGCAUUGCACGGUAUUCCAUAGACGGAUUUUUAAAAAAAAUCUAUGUUUAGAUUGCACAGCAUCGGGAAACCUUCACAGGCCGUGAUGUGAUAGAAACGAAAUGACAAACUCAUUGUUGGACCUGAUUUGGAGAACGAAGAGGUUGAAAUGAGAGCUCUGUAAUGUUUUGAAUGAUUUUGGAAAAUCUGGCGGCUUGUUAAGUAGUGGGGUCAAGUGUGACAUCUCUACUCACAGCAGUGCUGUAACACUGUAACGUCAGAUAAUACUGCAAUGCCAGAUAAUACUGUAACACCAUUUCACACUAACACUGGAUAAUACUGUAACACCAGAUUAUACUGUAACACCAGAUAAUGCUAUAACACUGCAACAUGGAUAGCACUGUAUGCCAGUUAACACUGCAAAACCAGGUAACAGUGUGACAUGUAGCUCUGUAACACCAUAUAAUAUUGUGACACCAUAUUGCACUGUAACACUGCAUAACACUGUAAUACCAUAUAACACAUGAAUCUGACUUUCCCUGACCAAAAACCCAGACUGUGAAAACCAGGGAUGUUUUCUCUAAAACCGAACCUUUUGCAAAGGGGCUAAGAUCUCCUCAUUUGAUAGCACUGUUGAUAACACCUUCCAUCACUUUACUGGUGAUCAAAAGUACACUGAUGGGUCAGUAAUUGGCCACAUUGGAUUUUUCCUUUGUGUACAGGACAUACUUGGGCAAUUUUCCACGUUGUCGAGUAGAUGCCAGUGUUGUAAUUAUACUUGACCAGCUUUGGUUAGGGGAGCAGCAAAUUCUGGAGCACAAACCUUCAGUGCUUUUGCUGGAAUGUUGUCAGGAGGAUUGAUGGCAUUGCAGUAUCUGUGCUGGGGUACAAUCCAGAGGCUGGGACUCAUGCUCUGGAGUGGAUAUUGUGCAUUCAAAUCCCACCAUGGCAUAUCAGGGGUGUGGGUGGUAUUUUACUGCAAUUUGUAAAAUUAAACAUGGAAUAAAAUAUUUUUAUCAUUUAAUAAUAGGUAGCACAGUGGCUCAGUGGUUAGCGCUGGUGCCUCACAGCGCCAGGGA